CUUAAUCAAAAAGUAUUUUACUAAUUAAUAUACAACAUGAUAAAUGGAGCAUAAUAAUUUAACUAGCAUUGCAUGUGCUCGUCCAGUUAUAUUCGCAGAAGGUUUAUUUGUUUCAUGUUAUUUACAUCAAGGAAAGUUUAUGCCUGAAGAAGGUUUAAAUCAGCAUGAUUUGUCUAGUAUAUUAAAUGGAGAAUUUUUAAAAGCUGGCUCUGAUCUAGUUGAAGAGUUUGCUUUAAAAAAUAAGCUACAAAAGUUGGCAACAGAAAAAGAAGACACUUUUGAAUUAGAUGACUUUUUGUCUCCGAGUAUAAGUACGACGACGAGUAUAAGUACGACGACGAGUAUAAGGUCAACAAAUGAUAGUGAUAGAAUUCAUGAAAACGUUGUCCAUAUAUCUUUAUCUAAUAACCAGAUUCAGUUCUUUGGUUUACAGGAUUCUUUAAGUUCAACUGAAAAAGAAGCAGAAAUGCGUAAAACUUUUGAAAAACAAGUUCAUUGGAUUAUGGGUGAGGGGGAAGAAUAUGUUACAAUGGAGUGCUUUACUCGUUACACGGACGCUCUAAUUUUACUGGAUGUAUUAAAAAGGUAUAAUGUACCUUCUGUUGUUAGUUUUUUGGCAAGACGUGAUGAACCUAUUGCAGUAACUUUUAGUAAGAUUAAAAUAGACUUAGAUUGUCUUAUGUUUUGUUUGUUUCAAGCGUAAUUUAUUUAAAUAUAAAUAAUAAAUAUUUUCUUUCUCAAAGUAAAGAAAUUUUAAUAGUAAUAUUUAUGGCAUUGUAAAAGUUGUUUAUGUCAAAAUCUUUUUAAUAAUGAAAAUUUGGACAGAGAUUGAAUAUAAUUUAAACUGAAAUAUUAAGUUUUUUC